AUGGCUCCCUCAAGAAAGAAAUUCUCCCCCCGGGCCCCAAGAAAGCGCAUCAACGCGCGCAAAAUCACAAAGACCCCUCGAUUCCCCACCUCCAUCCUCGCCCAAGCACGCAAGAACAACCUCAUCAAAGCACUAGGAAUCAAACCGACGAAUCAGCGACAAGCGAAGAAAUACUCAAAAUACAAGCGUGGCAUUCUCUCGGCUUCACAAGAGCUGUUUGAGCAGAAUUGCUUUGAGCGAGAGCCGUUGCCGUCGGGGUAUGUAUUCGUGCCCAAAGGCGACGUCUACGUUACGAGGCAUUGUCGGAGUAAGACGAGGGAAUCGCGGCGGGUGGUUUAUGUAGUUUAUAACAACGCCGCGAAACGAACUCUCGGCCUCCGCGUCCCCGCCGAUGUCUACUCCUCCGUCCUCCAUUCCGCCGCUGCAACAGCAUCCUCCCGCGCAAAUGCCGUGAACCUCCGCGAUGCAAAGGAUUCCUCACGGUCGAGAGAACUCCUCCGCUCGCAAUUUCCGUUAAUGCCGGCAGAAUCUCUAGAGACAAUCCUCGACCAUGCGUUCCUGAAAGGUUCUGGCCGUGUUGGGCGGACGGGGAUGAAAUCCGAUGAACGUAAGGCGGAUUUGGCUGUCGAGGCACAUAUAAGGCAUAUGCAUACGCCGUAUGAGGAGUUGAUCAAUGCGGGGAUUGACCGGAGGGAGGCUAGGGAGGCGGUUUGGGAGACGGUCAAGGCUAUUAAAAUGGCUUGGGAGGGGGGUGGGAGGGAGGUUACGCCGCUUACUUUGCGAGGGAGAUCGGAGGCGGAUAUGGAUAUAGACAUUAUUGAGGUGGAGGACUAA